CAAAUAAUUUGAGGCAUGUGUUAACUAGACACAAAGGCUUGGAUUCUAUGAUGGUGUAUAUGGAGUGAAGCUAAUAAUGUCUAACUCCCAACAUCACAACUUUGCUCGGCCAGAGUCCAUCUCAAAAGGAAAAUCAUCUGUGUCCUCAGGCAGAAGUGCCCACAAGAGGGAGUCAGGUAAACCUCACAGCAGCCGGUCCAGCGGUGCUGAGGACUCCCAGCAUGUCGGAAAGUACAAGCUGCUCAAGACCAUUGGCAAGGGGAACUUUGCUAAGGUCAAGCUGGCUAGACAUCUACCAACAGGAAGAGAGGUGGCAGUAAAAGUGAUUGAUAAAACCCAAAUGAAUCAGACUAGUAUUCAGAAACUCAACCGAGAGAUGAAAAUUAUGAAGAGACUCAAUCAUCCUAACAUAGUCCGCCUUUAUGAGGUGAUAGAAACAGAGAAGACGUUGUAUUUAGUAAUGGAGUAUGCGAGUGGAGGUGAGGUGUUUGACUAUCUUGUAGCUCACGGCAGGAUGAAGGAAAAGGAGGCCCGGCAGAAGUUCAGACAGAUCGUAUCAGCAGUGCAGUACUGUCAUCAGAAGGGUAUAAUCCACAGAGAUCUUAAAGCGGAAAACCUGCUGCUGGACGCGGAAAUGAACAUGAAGUUAGCAGACUUUGGGUUCAGUAACGAGUUCACAGCCGGCACUAAGUUGGACACGUUCUGUGGCAGUCCGCCCUACGCUGCUCCGGAGCUCUUUCAGGGUAAGAAGUAUGAUGGACCUGAAGUUGACGUGUGGUCGUUAGGUGUCAUACUCUACACUCUCGUAUCAGGAUCCCUGCCCUUUGACGGACAGAACUUAAAGGAGCUCCGAGAACGUGUGUUGCGGGGAAAGUACAGGAUUCCUUUCUAUAUGAGUACUGAUUGUGAGAAUCUGUUGAAGAAGUUCCUUAUCCUUAAUCCUGUGAAGCGACAUUCGCUCGAGGCUAUAAUGAAUGACAGAUGGAUGAACACAGGGUACGAAGAUAACGAAAAAUUGCGUCCUGCCUUGGACAAGCAAGCCGAGGCAUUCGACCAAGACCGAAUAGGUAAAGCAUUCGAUCUGGACAGAAUAGAAAUAAUGUUGAAGAUGGGAUACAGCAAGAUAGAGAUUCACCGGGCAUUAUCAGAACUGGCUUUUAACGAGGUGUACGCUACAUACCACCUCUUGGGCACGAAGCCUACCAAAGCUGAUUCCUCCUCCAACCUCUCCACAGAGGGCUCAGUUCCACACUCCUCUCCCAGACGUGGCGGAGGUGUUGACGCCUCCAAACGGCCCGGAUCCGUCAAACCCGCAGCUAAACCCAGCGGAAUUAACAACGAACAGGGGAGAAGGCGGACUGUAACAGCUCCUAGGAUUAAUAGUUCAGCUUCUUCUAGGGGGAAUAAUAAUUCAGACUACAGCAACAACCACGCGAAAGUGACUAAACCGGAGGGAACAGCAGCUAACCCGGAUAAGUCGGAGAUACCUAACAAGAACGAAGUGGGCGCCCCAGACAGGAGACACACGAUCUACUACACAGAUGGAAACACAACUAAUGAGACAAUGAUGCAGAAUAUCAUGGCCAAGAACCUCAGGAUAGCAGCCUCCCCCACCACCAAGCCCUACAAAGUCUCCUCUACCUCCUCCUCUUCCGCCGCUUCCGGUCAGAGCACUGGUGUAUCUAAACACGGACGGACUCAGAGCUCGUCAGGAGUCGGACACAACCGCUCAAACCAGAGAAUUAGUCCUAGCCCACCCUCAACAACGAACAGAACCAAUAGUGCAGUAGGAUUCCAGAGCAGUAGCCCUCACACGACUGACGGUUUCCACUCGCGGCAAACACCACACCGGAGCACGUUUCACGGAAACACGCGCGGACAAAAACGCUGGCCUCCCGGAAGUAACUCAACAAGUACACCUUCAAAUCAGUCGGCUAACGAUCGCAAUCGUUCAUCCAACAUCCUUUCCCGGAUCACCAACAAGUUUAAAGGCAGCAAUUCCAAACCACCAGAAGGACAGUAUGCUAAGUUGGAAAGUGAACCGAUGCCUCAGAUAACAAAAGAUAACGUCUCCCUCUAUAACUCCUUUAUAGAUGGCGCUGAUCUGAUUAUAAACCAGUCGGACCACAGUUUACACAGUGACUUUACGGAACAUUCCGAACAUUGUUUACAUACCCCGGAACAAAACGGGAAGCUGACAGCGAGUACAGAUUUAACAGCAGGAAGUGACGGUUUGGACGAGAAUAGUGUUGAAGUGGUUAAAAAACCAGCCAAACCACAGCGUACCUCCAUCAGUGACUCCUCGCAUGUGUCUCCUCCUCCCAUACUCGACCCAAUCAUACAGAACAGUCUGACGCACAGUGGUAUAAACAACCAACAAGCAGUCCCGCUGAGUAGAAACCGUCCCGCCUCCGAGCGACACAGAAAACGAGAUCCCGCACGUGGGCCUGUGCGCGGCGUUACCUCUGAAAAACAGCCAGACACAGUUGUGGUAGAGAAGUCUUGUACAAGGAACCGACCCAAAUCAGAUAGAUACGUGAAGCACAAAGGAGGGGGAGGCGGUGGAACAUCGUUUGACAGACGCGCACUACAAGACACACUUCGACCAUACGACACAAGUAACACAAGCACUGACGAUCUGUUUAUAAACCCUGACCCUGUGGUAACGAGAGGUUCCAGAAACAGGUUAUCUGGCUCUAGGUCUAGAGUCGCUGAUUCUGGUUCAAGGACCAGGAUAUUUGACUCUGGAUCCCGGAACAGGUUACCAGAUUCUGGCUCUAGGUCCAGGCUAUCGGAGGCAGGUUCCAGGGGCAGGUUAACAGACAGAUCGACUGACAAACCAAGGGUGGUGGGCCGGAAUAGGUCCUCGUCCGAACGAACCAGGGACAAAAAACCCGGGAACAUACACGAUCACGACGUUUACGAACUGCAAGCUAGACCAAUCACAUCGCUGAUACAACGACGACGUGCUACGUCCGACCGAAAUCUCCGACACAAAAUCCUCGAAAACAACAGCACAACAGACAUGGACAGUUCCAGUUUUAGGUCGACGCAACUUCAAAACGACUCCGAGUCCAAACCGCGCUCUCUGAGAUUUACAUGGAGCAUGAAGACUACCAGUAGCAAGGAGCCUAACGAAAUGAUGAAGGAGAUAACGCGAGUGCUAGAAUUAAACAACAUUGACUACGAACACCGAGAACGUUAUUUACUUCUCUGCGUACGGCCAGUCGACAAUGUUACCUCAGAUAACCUUAUUCAGUGGGAAAUGGAAGUUUGUAAACUCCCUAGACUAUCGCUGAACGGUGUUCGCUUCAAGCGGAUAUCAGGAAAUUCCUUGGCGUUCAAAGACAUUGCAGUUAACAUAGCUAAUGAAUUAAGACUGUAAUACACCCACUAAAUGUCAGCCUCCAAUCUGAUCUUGUUUACCAAGCCACGUGACCUCAUCACUCGGUCACGUGACCUCAUCACCCAGUCGCGUGACGUCAUCACUCAGUCGCGUGACGUCAUAUCAAGCUGUCACGUGACCAAUUCUUGAUCUUGUCAGGACAGGGUUUACAGUGCACGGCAGAUUCACAUGACAAUCUCAGUGUCAAGUUAAUUGGUUAAAUGAUAGGUAAUUGAUCAAUUAACUGAUUGAUCACUAAUGGAGAAAGUUGACUCAAAGCACAAAUAUUGCACGUGGGCGCGCGCCGUUGACCGGCCGCAUUAAUAUUCUGUAGAUAAUAAGCAUUUAUUAUUAAAUCUAUUGAUGGAUUUUCUUCCGAUCUUGAAAUUCAAUUUACAGCAAUUUAUUGGGAUGCAGAGCAGUUAACAGCUCCGCUUGCCACCAUUUGGUAUUGUAAUACUUUGAUAAAGUUGUGGAAUUUGAUUUUCGUAGAUAUAAUGAUCACAUAUUUUAGUCCCUUCCCCUUCCCCACCCCCCUAAAACUUGUAAAUGAGAUGUAUGUAUGAUUUCUGGCUGUCGUGAAACUACGGUCAUCCCCCUAUCACGUCAUCAAUUGUAACAUUAUGACGUCAUGUUUUGUUAGCUGGAUAAGCUAAUCAAGUAUAACGUGGGUAAUUUGAUAUGAAUCUACUUAAAUAAUUGGAUACAAUUAACCCGCCUGGUUUUGAUAAUAGUGAUCAUAGUUUCACCACAGAACGAAAGUGAUUAUAGUUUCACAAAAUGAACGUGAUGACAGGAAUGAGUUUUGUAUCAUUGGACUUGGUUUUGAGACAGAAGUAUUUUUGAUAGAAAAUUGUACAAAGAUAAUCGAUUCUUUUAGUAAACUUCAGUUGAAACUGAUUUGUAGGAUAGAGUUAUAGUCAUAUAGAUUAAGCUAGAAAACAUGUGGAGCAGCUAAACAAAACCGGGCGAUCCGACUUUUUUAAAUUUAAAUACUUUUCCAUGACUGUCACUCAGUUUAGAUUUUAUGCUGGUCCAGCCCGGUACAAACGUAGCUGCCCAAAUCCUGACUUCACACGUAGUUCCAUUGUAUGUUCCUCUGCUCAUUUAUUACUCUGACAGUUUGCGGAGUUAGCACCGCACCGUCAGUCAAACUUCCGAUUUACGUGGUGGCGUAACAGAUUCUGCGGAGCUGUUGCCCUAACCGGAAUUUGGAGCUUUGCUGAUGAUGCGUUAACUUCUGUUAAUGAGCCUUAUAAAUAGAUUAUUGUUUAAUUAGUAGAUAAAUGUUAAUUAGUUAAUUACUAAUUACGAAGUGCAGGUAUCUGCAGUGUCACUUAUUGUAUUAAUUAAGUAACAUAAGUGCGCACUGAGGAGGGGUUGUUUGUUUUUUAUUAUAGUGAUGCCUUUCACCAAAGUUUUAUUUGCCAUUGAUCACAUUCAGGUGUCUGGAUGUUGGAAA